UUUUCCUUUUCAAUUUACAUUAUUUGAAAAUAAAAUUUAUAGAAAAAAAACAUAAUUCACAUGCAAAAAAGAAAAAAUAUAAAACAUAAUUUAAAUAAAAAAAAACAUAAAACAUAAUUCCCAUCCGAGGAAUAAAAACACAUAUAAUUAUAUGCUUCUCAAGGACAUGGAUAGAUAUUUUCACUUUCUUAAUUUAUUGUCAGUAAUAUCUAAAUUUUGUCUGUUCUUAGCAUGUUGGUAUGUGUUGCUUUAAUAUAUGCUAGCAAAGUUAAAUCCUUUUAUUAAUUAUAAUAUUGAAAUUUAUCAUCAUGAAUGAAUUAUCAUAGUUACAUAUUAUUUCGUUUAAAAAUAUACUUCAAUCUCAUCUAAUUUUUGGUUUAACAGAUUUUUCUCUCUCAUUUUUACCCAUUUCUACCAGUAUUUUUGAUUUCUUAAUUUAAUUUUAAAAAUUUUUAAAAAAUAUUAUUAACAUUUUUUUCUAAGAAGAAAUAAGGGAGAAGAAAGAAAAAUUUAUCAAACCAUUAUGGUAUGGGCCACGUAUUAGAUGUUACAAUGCGUUACCUAUCAGCUUGCGCCGUUCCAUUACGCCUCUUCACUCCCUCCGGUUCGAACCUCGCUUUCUCAAAUACCAGCUUUAGGGUUACGCAUUCUAUGUUAACUCGACCGAGUCAACUCAUAUCAAUCUCAAUGAGUCAACCCGCCGCUGAUCUCAAUGUUGUUGCCACAACCAAAGAUGGACUGCAGCAGCCGGAAAAUACAGAUGUUGUGGUGCAGUACGUGGUGCUCCGGCGGGACCUGAUUGACACUUGGCCGCUUGGGAGUGUGGUUACUCAAGGUUGCCAUGCUUCUGUUUCGGUCGUCUGGUCCAACAAAGAUGAUCCUGACACAGUUGAUUAUUGCAGCCCUGACAAAAUUGAUUCUAUGCACAAAGUUACACUCGAAGUAAAGGGAGAAACCCAGAUAAAAAACUUGUCUGAGAAGCUUACAUCCGGUGGGAUCAUUCACAAACUGUGGAUUGAACAACCUGAAAACAUACCUACAUGCCUUGCCACAAAACCAUACCCCAAGUCAAUCGUAUCUUCGUAUUUUAAGAAGUUGAAACUCUGUAAGUGAUUUCAUGUUUGAUGGUUCUUCUAUUUUUACCUGUUGCUAUAAUUUGGUAGAAAAUGUACUGAACUAUGAUUGAUAAUCAGGGAAAUUAUUUAUUCUGUCUUCUCCCCUUGAAAAUAACUUUAGAGCAAGUGUAGUGAAUGUCACUAGGAAUUCAAGCCCGAUAUCAAUUUCUUUUAACUAAUGGCCCGGGAUGGGGGAUGUUGUAUCUUGAUUUUUGAAUGAACCUUAUCGUAAAAAAUAAAAGAAGUUCAUCAUUUCUUCUGGCAA